AUGAACUUCAACGAUUUUCCAUACAGUCUCGGAAUUGCGAUCAAAACCGUGAUGAUGUCCUUCGGAUGGAAGCAGUUCGCGUUUGUCUACUCCAAUCAAGACGAUGCUCAGAAGUGUUCCAUUAUGAAGAAUGAUAUGCAGAUAAGUUUUUGA